AUGGCUAUGGCAGAGCUUCCAAAUUAUGUGAUUUCUCACAUUGCAAAACGUUUUGAAGAUAUUGAAGAUUACAUUGCUUUUCGUUCUGUUUGUACCUCUUGGCGAAUUGCUGCUACUAAAGACGAUUUUGAUGUGCCCCGAAUUCCAUUACUUAUGCUUGGUUCAAAACAAGAUGAUGAUUUUCGGAAAUUUUACUCUCUUUCCAAGAGGAAAGUUUCAAGUAUAUUUCUCCCCGAAGCUAAAAAUGUAGAAUGUUUCUCCACACAGGGAUGGCUAUUCACUGUUGCAAAUACUAGUCUUGAGGGAGAGAUGAACUUGUUGCAUCCCUUUUCCCGUACCCAAAUUCAACUUCCCUCGCUAAAACUCUUACUUGAUUUUCAUGAUGAUGACCAUAUAACUACGUGGAGAUACGUCAUGAAAGCUGUUUUAUCUGCUAAUCCUUCUAUUACGAGGGAUUAUGUCCUUAGCUUAUGGUACGAAUCUAAUUAUUGUGGCGAUAAGGAUUAUUUUGCUUUUUGGAGUCCCGGAGACCUUAAUUGGACUCAUAUUCAACCCCGAGGAUCUUCUUACGUGGCAUCUAUGAUUUACCAUAAGGGCCAAUUUUAUUAUUUAAAUUAUGCUGGUGAAGUAUGGAAUUUUUACCCUAACAUAGAGACAAAUUUACUUUUACUUGUUGAAUUAGAUGAUGAUAUAUUUGAUGAAUUCGAAUUUGUUAAGUUCUAUCUAGUCGAAGUAUCUGGUGCACUAUUAGUUGUUAUUCGAUUUUUUGAUAUUAAUCAAGAUAAAGUUGAUUUAUCCAAUGGUACUGGAAUAUCGAUCGAGACGAAUAAAUUUAAAGUUUGUGAAAUAGAUAUCAUCAAAGGCGAGUUGAAGGAGAUUAAAAACAUGGAAGAUUCAACGAUCUUUGUAGGGCGUAAUGAAGCAAUUUGUAUUGACUCUUCUGAAUGUACAGGAGUCAAGCCAAAUCAUAUAUAUUUUACGGAUGAUUGCUUCGAAUUCCCUAGAGAGGAGGAAGGCGGAGUUGGAAGAGACAUGGGUUGUUAUAACUUGGAAAAUGGUAAAACAGAAUCAAUAUAUCCCGAAUUGUCAACAAGUCUUAUAUGCCCGCCAACUUGGAUAUCACCAUCAUUCAUAUUGUGA